ACAUCGCCGCGCUCUGAUUGGAGGAUGGCUACGAGCGGGAGCUCGGAGAAUCUCGGGGAAGCACACUUCCCUGGCAGUGCCACAGACUACCGGGCUACAGGAAGGGCCGUCAGCGAAGAAGACGUGGAGGUUCUCUGCAGCGCCCUGGCCACAUGUCCAACCAAAUGGGUCGUGCAGAGGAGUUCUGCUUUGCAGCCCCCAUCCCCAGCAGAGAAGUUUUCUGUGGCCUCUGUGCUCGCGUCAGGAGCCGACUUCUCGGUGACCACGGACAACCAGGGGACCAUCCACGAGAUGACGGUCGGGCAAAGGACCAAUCCAAGCUGGAGCCUGCUUCGGAAGUACCGCCUGACAGCUAGCAACUUCGGUCGGGUCCUGGACAGCUGCAGGCGUAGUUCAUACCCGCCCUCUCUCUUUAAGACGCUGUUCGGUAAGAUUGCAUCAGUUUGCAAGUAUUUACAUUUCGGAGUUUGGUCAGUAGAAUAACUGCUGCAUCUCCUCAUAAUUUGGGCAAGGUUGGUUACAUAAGCCCCCUCCACCCCACCCUUUACACAGUCUUUCAGAGCCCUGCACGUGCCAGCUGUUCUAUCCCACUCCAAACUUUGUCUCUUACCUUUUGUUCCAAAAUGCAAUUCUCCGCUGCCAA